UUCAGUUUGAACGUCUGACCAGAGAACUGGAAGCCGAACGUCAGAUUGUUGCCACCCAGCUGGAGCGAUGCAAGCUGGGAUCAGACGCAGGCAGCAUGAGCAGCAUCAGCUCGACAGAUGAGCAGUUUCGCUGGAACGCUCAAGCGGACGGACAAAAGGAUAUCGAGCAUGAGUUAACCACCGGCUUAGAGUUAGUAGAUUCCUGCAUUCGCUCGCUACAGGAAUCAGGAAUACUUGACAGUGCAGAACGACCGGCUCUCCUUUCCCAGAGUUCCUUGCAGCUCAACUCCACCCCGGAGGCUUCGCUCCAGUACUCUGCCAGCUACCAUAGCAACCAGACCCUCGCCCUUAGCGACAGCAUUUCUGCAGCAACUCCUCAGCGCAGCGGGCAGGUUGGAGGAGCCGUGCACAGCUACAACCAGGUGACAUCUAGCCGUGCAGCCCAGCAGCAACAAUCACAAACUGGGGCAGGAUCAGGAAUUUACUACUCCAGCUCUACUUUACCUGCCCAGCGAGUCAGUUCCCCCCUGUCAGGGGGAGGAGGCUCAGGGUCAGGUUCCCCCAGUAAACACCAACGUUUGGGAUCAGCCUCGGACACGCAAGGCUACUCCACCACCCAGCGCCUGCCUUCCUCUUCCCCCUCCUCCUCUCCCAGCAAACAGUCUCCUGCUAAUCGGCUGGCCAAGUCAUACAGUACUUCAGUUGCUGUGACAACAUCAGGGGGUGGGUCACCACUGAGGGUGGCAUCUCCGCCGAACUCUACAGCAGCAGGAGGAGGGAACAGUUCAUCAUCGUCCCCUCUUCACCAGAUGAGUUCUGGCAUAGGGAGCUAUGCCACUCUGUCUCCCAAGCGGCUGGCAGCUCACCACGCUUCUGACCAAUACAAGAUCUCGCACGAGCUCUACGCUACUGCUACACUACAGAGACCUGGCAGUCUAGCAGGCUCCCGUGGCUCCUACAGUAGUCAGCACAGUCAGGAAACUCUUCGGCCCCUAGGGUCCCCCGAGCACCACAUAGACCCUAUCUAUGAGGAACGUGUCUAUCACAACAAGGGCCCUAUGAGGAGCCUUAGUCAGAGCCAGGGACCAGACACGGGCCCUUACCGCAACAACACUGACCUGAUGAUGUAUGUCCGUAACCUUGACCGUGACCUAAGUUAUGUCCUCUGUCCCUACUUUGCCCCCAUAGCACCCUCCUCCCCCGGUGUAGACUCCACCCCUUUGCAGCGAACAGCGAGUCACGGCACUGGGACAGGAAGCUACAGCCGUGGCGGGACCAACAACUAUGCCACAGUGGGGCCUGGAUACACUUCAAGCGCCGGCGGAGGAGGCGGAGAUGUUUACGGCUCGGACCCUUAUGUGGCGGACCCCUAUCGCACCCUGCAGUACUGCCCCUCGGUGGUGGAAUCUCCUUACAGCAAGUCUGGACCAGCCCUGCCACCUGAAGGAAGUCUGCAGCGUUCGCCGUCCAUCGACUCCAUUCAAAAGGACCCGAGAGAGUUUGGAUGGAGGGAUCCGGAGCUGCCAGAGGUGAUCCAGAUGUUACAACACCAGUUCCCAUCAGUGCAGUCCAAUGCUGCUGCUUACCUGCAGCACCUCUGCUUCGGAGACAACAAGAUUAAAGCUGAGAUCCGUAGACAGGGAGGCAUCCAGCUGCUGGUCGAUCUUCUGGAUCACAGGAUGAGUGAAGUUCAUCGGAGCGCCUGUGGAGCACUGAGGAACCUGGUCUAUGGCAAAGCCAACGAUGAGAACAAAGUAACCCUGAAGAACUGUGGGGGGAUUCCAGCUUUAGUCCGUCUGCUCAGGAAGACCGGGGAUGUGGAAAUCAGAGAGCUUGUAACAGGUGUGCUCUGGAACCUAUCAUCGUGUGAUGCGCUGAAGAUGCCAAUCAUCCAAGAUGCACUUGCAGUGCUGACCAAUAGCGUCAUCAUACCGCACUCCAACUGGGAUUCCUCUCCUGGUCACCAUGACGACCGCAAGCUCCAUCUUCACACUUCUCAGGUGCUGCGCAACGCUACGGGCUGUCUCAGAAACGUAAGCUCAGCUGGCGAGGAGGCCCGACGAAGGAUGAGGGAGUGUGACGGCCUUACAGACGCUCUGCUCUACGUUAUCCAGACCUCUCUGGGCAGCAGUGAGAUCGACAGCAAGACUGUGGAGAACUGCGUUUGUAUUCUGAGGAACCUGUCAUACAGACUGGCUGCGGAGACAUCCCAUGGCCAGCAAGGUGGUCUCGAAGAGCUGGACGGGCUGCUUUGUGAUGCAAAUGGCUGCGAGGGAGAGAGCUCUGGCUGCUGGGGGAAGAAGAAGAAGAAAAAGAAGGGAGCUGACCAGUGGGAUGGUGUGAGCCCCUUUCCGGACACAGCAGAGCCCCCCAAAGGGGUUCAGAUGUUGUGGCAUCCCACCAUCGUCAAGCCAUACCUCACCCUGCUUUCUGAAUGCUCAAACCCCGACACACUCGAAGGUGCCGCCGGGGCCCUACAGAACCUUGCUGCAGGCAGCUGGAAGUGGUCAGUGUACAUUCGGGCUGCCGUCCGUAAGGAGAAAGGCCUUCCUAUUCUCGUGGAGCUACUGAGGAUAGACAACGACAAAGUGGUCUGCGCUGUCGCCACAGCGCUCCGAAACAUGGCCCUGGACAUCAGGAACAAGGAGCUUAUAGGAAAGUAUGCCAUGAGAGAUUUGAUCCAUCGGUUACCAGGCAGCAGUAGCAGCAGCAACAAUAACGCCACCAGCAUCGGGACUUCAGGCACUGCCAGCAAGGCCAUGUCAGACGAUACAGUUACUGCCAUAUGCUGCGCACUACAUGAAGUGAUAACCAAGAACAUGGAGAAUGCAAAAGCUCUACGUGACGCCGGUGGCAUUGAAAAACUCAUCGGCAUCGCUCGCAGCAAAGGAGACAAGCACUCAGCAAAAGUGGUAAAAGCAGCCUCUCAAGUCCUUAGCAGUAUGUGGCAGUACAGAGACCUGCGCACCCUCUACAAAAAGGAUGGUUAUUCCCAGCAUCAUUUUGUGGGUUCUGCCUCAACAAUAGAAAGAGACAGACAGAGGCCCUACUCUUCCUCACGAACUCCCUCCGUUUCUCCCGUCAGGACAUCCCCAAACAACCGCUCUGCAAGCGCUCCCGCCUCCCCCAGAGAGAUGACGAGUCUGAAGGAACGCAAGAUGGACUAUGAUUCCACGGCAACCAACGCUGGUUUCCAUAGCAACAAAGGAGAGCAUACAUCCCGGAAAGACGGCAUGGCAGUCCAAGUGUCCUGUGGGUCGUCCACGUUGUUCCGAAACUCUUACCUGACGGCCAGCGACGAGAUCAAGCAAAACCAGAGUCCAGCCCCGCCCUGCGUUGUGCCCCCUCAGCCCCAGCAGGACAGCCCUUCAGCGGCCGUGCUAAAAGACUACGAUCUCUACCCCCCUCCUCCUUCCUUCCCCCAGCCCCAGCCGCCGCCGCCUCCGCCUCACAGCCAGAGUCGGAGCUUCGACGACGCCUACUACGACGACCCGGGACCGCUGCCUCCGCCGCCGCCGCAGCAGCAGCCGCAGCUCCAGGCGCAGGCCCAGCCUCAGCCCCAGGCCCAACCCCAGCCGCCUCCGAACGCCGCCGGGCCGCCGCGAGACCCCCGGGAGGACCUCCGAAUGCACCUGGGCCUCAAGUCGACCGGCAACUACGUAGACUUCUACUCAGCCUCACGGCCGUACAGCGAACUGAACUACGAGACCAGCCACUACCCGGCCUCGCCCGACUCCUGGGUGUAGUUUGACCAUGUUUGGCGGGAGGGAGGGAGGGA